AAGCCGGCGUUGUGCGCCAAGCGAGCAGAGCGCAGGGGAAGGAAUAGCGGUUGGAGAUAGAAGCAUCAUGGAGAAGUGUGAGAAGGAACAAAAACAGUACCAUCUACAGCACUUGCUGCACAGAGUUGAGUUGGCAAUCAGUAAAACUAAGCUGCAGCUUGAUGAGCAAAUUACAAUGGUGUCUGAUGCUGCCCUUAAUGUAAAGUAUUUACCACAACAUCAGUUUUUGAAAGUGGUUCCAAAACUGAAAUACUACUUUCAGAAAUCACUUGACCUGCAGAAAUCCAUACAGCAGAUGCUACAGGAAUACAUGAAUUACACUAAAUUAGAUCAUUGGGAUUUAGAAAGUAUUUGCAUGUUUGAUAAGUGUCCUCUCGGUACAUGCCCAAGGUGUGACAAUAAAAACCUUACCGGAGAACUGAAUGUCACACCACAGUGUUCAGAUGAAAACAUUAAGAGAGAUGCGAAAGUGAUCUCCCAACGCUUAAUACCUUAUAACAGGGAAAGUAGUGAUGUCCAGUGCCUGAAUAAGGAUGCAGCAGUCCAAACUUCUUGGGCUCGACUUGAAGACUUGACGUAUUUGGAAAGUAUUUCAAGGAUCCCUCCAGUCAUAGAUAUUAAGAAUCUCGACAAAGAAGAAACUUCAUCUUCGAAAAGCCAUAGUGAAUCAUCAUAUAAGGAAUGUGAAGCACAAGAUUACAUCAGCAAAGCCCAAGAUGCGGUGAUGGAUGCCACAAACCAAGUUUGGGGAACAAAACUGAUUGUUGAUAGUGUAGAUUCAGGUUCCUCUAGUUACCAGUUAGAUACUCCUGCACAUCAUGACACAUCACAAACGGUUAAUAGUGCUGCAAAUAGCAUACCUCUGAAUCAACCAGUGAAAGUCUAUGUGUGUACCUAUGAACCCUCAAAAAAAUUGUGGAUACAGUUUCUUAACUCUGGACUCGAGGAGUUAGAAGAUGAACUCAACCAAGCUGUCCUUAAGCAAACUGAUGACUGUUGGCAACAAAUCUACCCAGGCCAAAGAGUUGCUGCCCCAUAUUUGGACGAUGGCUUCUACUACAGGGCUCAGGUGCUGAAGCAUUUUGCUAAAGAGAACAAAAUGAAUGUUCAUUUUAUAGACUAUGGGAAUUCCAGAGAAGUGUACAUCAAAAACCUUCGUCUUCUGCCACCUCGAUUGGCUGAAAUACCUGAAAUGGCUAUUUGCUGUUCCAUAAUGCAGAUUGAUGAUGAAUUACUGUCUGAUGAUAAAGGAUAUGAACAUCAUAACUGGCUUAAGAAAAUCAACUAUCACUUUAUCAGUGACCUACCGAUGACAGCAAUUUUUGAAAAGAAUGAACAUGGACGAGAUGUUAAGGAUUUUUUGAAUUAUUCAUUGCAUAGUCCAAGGUACAAAAUUCGUUUGUUCUCUCAAGAUUAUAACGUCUCGGAAAUUAAAUUGAACGCCGACAUGAACAGCAGAGAUGACAAUCUUGCUAACUCUAGGAACUGUUCAGAAGUUUCAAUAGGGGAUGAAAGUUAUAAUUAUAACCACGAGGAAACCACAAACAUUGUUCCAAGUGUUGACACAGCCAUUUGUUCAACUCCAGAACGGCAUUCUUUAUAUGCCAUAAGUUUAAUUAAUCCUCAAGAGAACAUAGAUAUUGAAAAGAAGAGCCUUAAGAAACAAGAUCUUGAUGAAAAUUACAAUCACAUAAUCUCAGAGUGUGACAGCGACAGCAGUAGUGUCGUGCCGUUAAGUGCACUGCCCCGUGUGACACUUCCUUUACUCCAGCCAUCUAUGGACGGUCAACCACGACCUGUUAUGCUGGUCCAUGUUAACACACCUAAUCACUUCUACCUACAUCUUGUCAACAGUGAAACUGCAUCAUUGGAUAGGUUUUGUGAAACAAUGAAUGACAAGUAUAAGGAUGAUGAUGAAAUAUUACAUGUGAUUGAACUACCAGUAAAAUCCUGCUGGGCAGCACGAUGGUCGGAUGGCAUGUGGUAUAGAGCUCGUAUUCUUGCCAAUAUCAUCUCAUCACCGGAAAAGAGUUCACAUAAGAAAUGCCCAAAAGUGAAGGUUCUAUUUAUUGAUUAUGGAGAUGAAGAAAUACUGAGCAUUAAAGACAUCAGAUUCUUGCAUGAAGAUUUUACACUCCUGCCUUCCUUGGCUAUACCAUGCUGCCUUGCCCAGGUAUUUCCUCCUGCCCAAAAAAUGAUAGGGAGUGGUUGGCCUAGUGACAGUAUCAAGAAGUUCUUGGACUUGUGUGGUGGGACUUGGUCUGUCUUGUUUGCAAACUUUCAACAAUGCCAUAUGAGUGGCACAUACAGCAUCAUACUCAGGGAUUCAGAAGGUGUAGUGGUGAAUGAAGAGCUUGUAGCUCAAGGGUUUGCUGUAUCCAAUUCUACCCCACAAGAAUCUGAUCAUAGUGAAGAUCGACAAAAGCACAAAGGUUUGGAGGACAUAGGAGAUGCUGAGGAAAAGUUACCAGAUGGAUGGGACCCGAUGUCAAGUGCAUAUCUGGACCACAAAAACACAGUACACCAUAGUGAUGAAUGUGCAGAGACCGUGCUUUAUGGAAUGAAGAACACAGAUGAGACGCGGCUUUGCAAGUACUUUCGCAAUGGACGCAGGUGUCCGCGGCGUGAGGCUUGCAGAUGGGAGCAUUCAAGAGCAAGGAAAGGUGUAACUGUUGAAAAGGAGAUAGUACUUCAAGAAUGUUUGGAGCCUCAUCCAUUAGCACUUGAGAAUGCCAUACUUGCAGUUGUAGUAACAUCAAUUAUAUCUCCAAGCAAGUUCCAUGUUUAUCUUCCAUUUGGAAGCAAUUGUCUUCAGCAACAAACUGAUUUUGAAGAUGAAACAGCUAGGACGCUGGAGUUGUUACUGACUGCAAUGGAAAAGUAUUACACAGCAUCUCGUCAGGUCAAUAAGUGUUUACCUGCACCUGGAGAGCUUAAGGCUCUGUGUGAAUUAAAGGAUGGAAAGCUAGAGUGUUCAAGAGUUCAAAUCUUAGAUGUAAAAGAAGAAGAGUGUGUUAGCCAAGUACAGGUCUUCUUUAUUGACUUCGGUUACAUGGAAUGGGUGUCAGAUGAUCAGCUGCGUCCCCUCGCUGCACAGUUUACGCAUACUCCUCCACAAGCUUUGCAGUGCGGGUUAACUGGAGUGAAACCUCCACUUGAAGGGUGGCACCCUUCAGCUGUCAAAUACCUGAGGGAACUUACUGAGGGCUUUACAUUGGUUGCUCAUGUCAAUUAUGUUGACAGGGAUCAUCAGCACCUUGGUGUUACUCUUUAUAACACGAAUGAUGGCAAAGACAUUAACAUAAAUGAAUGUUUCCUGAGGAAGCUUGAAAAUAAAUUGUAAUAGCAGUUUUGUAUAUAGUAUUAGGUGUUUUGAGCAUUGUUAUUUUUGGUAGGUUAGAAAAGCGAUACCUGUACAGAUUGUAUAGACUACGUAUUUUUUUCAUACAGAUUACAGUACUUAAUUUUUUUUUCUAGUUGGGAAGGAGCCUGCCCAAGCAUGAAACCAAUUCAGUACAGAAAUACUAUGUACCUUUGUAAAUAAUUAUACUCUUUGGUUGGACUUCUAAAAAUAAUAUUUUGGUACAUUGUCUUUAAUAAGAGUGGGCCUAAAUUAAUUUAAAUGAUUGAAGCAUUUAUUUUAUGUUCUAAAAGUAUUGUUGUCAUUUUUGUGGAACUUCUGAAACCACCCUCCCCCCUUUCCCAAAUUGUAUGGUUAACCACCAGUAGUUUACCUGUAGUCAGUUUUGAGAGUACUCUCCCAAGGCUGUGAGCUAAACCACAGGAGGAAACAUUUUAGAGCAAAAGUAAAGACUUACCAAACUAUUUAAAUGCAGAUUCAAAACCUGAUCAUCGUGACUGAAGCACACGAGUAGUUCUCUCCCCAGCAUGAUGCUGUGCCAAAUAAUGAAGGAAGAAAUACACUAAAUAAAAUGAAAAAAGUUUUGUUAUCCCCCCUAUUUUAUUUUGUUACAUGAAGAACACUCAUUGUGUUCUGUCUUUAUAUAGUUUCAUAAUAAAUUGUAAAAUCUUAUUGUUUUUAGAAUCACAUCACCUAGAUUUUAAAGUGUAAUCCAUAAACAACUGUUAAAAAUAAUUCUUGGUAUGUUUCCGUAUAUUUGCAUAUCGUAAAUGUCGCCUUGUGUUCCAACAUAUUUAAACACUGUCACACUUAUUAUCCUUUUUAAUAUCAUCAUGCAUUCCUCACAGCUUGUAUGUUCUAAUUCUGGCAGCCAUUUUCUUGGAAAUAUUUUACUUGUUCAUAUUUGUCAAGGUGCCGGCACUUCAGGAUUUAUGUGUUGUAGAAAUUUUUCGCAACAUUUCUACAGCUAUGUAAGAAAUGCUGUACAGAUAUGCAAGGAAAGACUUACUCUAAAAUUUGCCAGCAUUGCAUGAUUCAAACUUUAGUAUUCAUGUGAUUUUCUUUAUCUGGUUUAUCUGGAUUACACAAUCCAUAGUUAUUGAGCCAGUUAUUACUGUUUCAUCCCCUUUUGCAUGACAUUUGUCUUCAUUAAUUUUAUGGUGUCCUCAGCCACCCAUACAACACACUCUGACUUGUGAACAUGACCCAAUAGCACAGAGAAUGAGCAAUCUGGCCUCACCUUCCAAGCAAACAUUAUGAUGUGAAUGCUUACUUUGUGAAUUUUUUAAUCAUCUUCCCUGAAUCUCACGGUUUUGUGGGGUACUGUACUUUACAACAUUACAAUGUCCAUCAUCCAUUCUUUCCUCUAUUUUCUUGUUUUUUUAUGAGUCUACAGUAUUUGUAUGGCUUAGCAGUAAAAAUGUACAAUAGUCCAAUUGAUGAAACAUGGUCCUAUGGCAGUCUGGAUGCAAUAUAAAGUUGCUAUUUUGGUUGUAUGAUCAUUGUAUAGUAAUUGGUUGCAAAAAAUAAUUAACUCCAAGUGAAGUGAGUUCACUUAAUGUAUUUGAGAGACCAGAAUGUGUUACCAAAAAUAUUAAAUUUUUGAUUGAAAAGGUACGUUCAUUUAAAAUAAAAGAUGCAAUGGAA